AAUCACCUAAAAUAAUGCUAAAAAGGUUUUUACAGCUUAGUUUAACAACAAAAAGGAACUUUCCGGUUAUCACAUGUCGCUAUUUAUCGAGAGGAAAGUCGUCUCCUGACCGGACUCAGUACGCAACUGACAUUUCAGAGGAUUUCGAAGCGUUUCCAAAGACCAAAAAAUCAUCCAAAGGUAUUUCACCUCCAAAAAUAUCUGAAAUUGUUCCUUUGUUCACGGAAAUCUUGGAAUGUGAUGAAAAUGAAGCAGAUAAUAUCGCCGAGCAACACUUACCGAAACUCCAGUCGCUAACUUUACCGGAAUUACGAAAGCAGCUAGAGACUUUUAUCGAAAAUGGCUUCGAUCGGAAGGUUCUUUUGCAAUAUCCGGACUUGCUGACAAUGGAACCGGCUGUUUUCAAUAGAAAACUCGCGAUUUUAAAACGAAUUCCCGCUGGAGAAAAUGGCAAAGGACUAACUGACUACCUACCGUUGAUGCAACUUGACGUCAAAGACUUGGAAAUAAUUCAACAAAAGCUCAGCAGAGAAGAAAGUAUCAUGCCGACCGGAACUCGCAUCCAUUUUUUGAGCAAAAAACUUCAAGUUGAGCCUUGCGUGAUUUCGCAAAUGUUCGUCGAUUACCCGUUCAUGCGGACUUUGUCGAAAUUUUUCCUCUUCGAGAACGUUGAUCUCUUUUUGCAGUACAAAAUUCCCGCACACAAAAUCCUCCGGUGUCCGUGGGCUUUCAAAUAUAAUCCGGCGCGCACGGAAAAACGUCUCGAAGCUGCGCUCAAAAUUAAGGGUGAAGGCAACUUGACGCCAUGGUUGGUGCAUGCCCACGAGAAAAACUUUAAAAAAUCCCUCGUUUGCUCCACGGAGAACAAUGAACCACUCAAGGCUGCCGGUGUCGAGGACCAUAUUGGGUAUCUCAGUACACGUCUCGGUUGCACCAGAGACCAAAUGAAGGUCUAUCUGGCACGAUAUCCCGCCGCCGAGAAAGUCACUAUCCGAAAACUCAAGAAAAUUCUGGAUUACUUGCUAGACGAAGCGGGAUAUUCGCAAGCUAAAGUGGCAGAUAUGCCGAGACUUUAUACCUUAAGCUUGGAAACAAUCAAGAAACGGGAUGAGGAACUGAAAAAGUAUAAUUACAACGUGGGUAGCUUGUUUGUAUUGUGCCAACCGAACAAGAGCUGGGAAAAGUUCAUCAAUCGAGUGAAGGAAAAUCGACAUUAUUCGAGACGAAAGGAGUACGAGUGGGAUGACGAAGAGUGACAGAGCGAUUUUGCGUUACCUAAAAAUAAAAGUAAAA